AUGAGCCAAGAUUAUUACGGCGGAGGAGGUUUCACAAACUCUCCAUUCAGCGGUAGCGCUGAUGGGAGCCCAAGCUCUGGAGUCCGAGGGAGAGGAGAUAUGGCCCACUCAUUGACGCCUGUAUUCAUCGCUCAAUUGUUUCAGGCUACUCAAGCCCAUGCCGACGCAGAUUGGAAGCUUGGCAACGUUGAGCUCGGGCAGAUAACAGUCGUUGGACAUGUCGUCGAGAUCAAGAAACAGAGCUCACAUAUUACGUACAAGCUGGAAGACCACCUGGGCUCAAUUGAAGCUCGUACAUGGAGUGAAGGUGGUAACGAUGACGAAGAUAAAUGGGGCGUGAAGGUACAUGAAUAUGCCCGUGUCAUGGGUACUUUGAAGAGCUUUGGAGGAAAACGAUAUAUCAAUGCUGUUCACCUUCGACCAAUCCUAGACUCGAAUGAAAUCUAUUUUCAUGAAUAUGAAGUCUUCACAGUACACCUCACCCAUAAAAAUGGACCGCCUAAAUCUCAAACAGCUAAUCGCGUCGGAAACUCAAGUGCUUCUGCCUCAGGUCCAGGAAUAUCCGCAUACUCAGCUUCCACUUCCAAUGCGAACAGUAACGACCAUCCUGAAUAUGCUCAACUCCCUGCUUUACAACAAAAGAUACUCCGUGAAAUAUUGGCCGCACCAGAUGAUGACGGUGGUGCCUUUGUAGGCAGCAUUGCCAAAGCAGUCGGUGGUGACGCUGGUGAUAUUAGUAAUGCAUUGGAUCAAUUAAUGGAUGGCGGUUAUAUCUACAACACAUCUGACGAUUCUCAUUUCAUGGUUUCGCGGUGA